UUUCGUAUGAUGAGAGGGGUACGCCUUGUAGUUGAUGGGGUUAAAGGUCUUGAUGUUUUUCAUACCAUAUGCCAUACAAGAAUGUGGCACAUUUUACUCCAGGUGCAAGUAGAAGGGGUGAUCCUCUCGUGAGUAAAUCAAUUGCAAAUUUGCAGGUAGGCCUUGGUGUCUUUCUCGUGACGUCCCUCCCAUUGGUUAACUUGUAGAAUCAAUUCAUUCGAGGAUGUCUGGUCACGAGGGGGGAGACGAUUCACGAGCCAUGAUCCAAAACCUUUUGGUAAAAGUCCUCAUAACACUUGUUGUAUCUCUCAUACUUAUAUGGGGAUAUACUCAUUUAUUUUCAAAGGGUUCUGCACUUUGCACCCAUAGGGCACAUUCCCUCCUUGUUCUUGUCCUUAGAAAUAUGACUCGCGCCCAACCUUUGACAUUUAUCCAAGUUGGGGCCUCUUUCACUGCAAUGUCUCGGCCUCUCAAACUCCAAGACUUCCUCUGCACCGGAUGUUCUUAUUUGCAAUGAAUUUGACCAUCAUGAUCCCGCGUAAUGAACCCAAAGCCAACAAAACUAUUCAAAAGAACUUCGAGGAAAUCAAAGGGCGGUCUUUCUCAACAUAAGGCUACCUCUCUCUGGUUCGCUUUUGACUUACACCUGUUGGGGAAGCACGGAACAAAACACAACGGAAGCGUAUAAAAUCUUUUCCCCAAAUUAAUGAGAUGAACAACAAAGCACAAUAUACUCCAAAAAUCAGCACCAACACCACAAAUAGAUAGCAACGGAAAUAAAAUAAAGAACACACGAUUUACGUGGAAACCCCAAAUCGGGGAGAAAACCACGGCCGCUCAACAACGGCACCCAAACUUCCACUAAUCACCAAGAACCAAGUGGGUACAACAAGUUCUCCUCUCUAGUAAACACUAGAGGCAUACACAAUCAUCAAGGAGCAACCUUGGAACAACAACAAUCAACAAUUCAACAUAAAAUGGAGUAAAAACUCCCAAAAACGCAGGUCUGAAAAUGCAGCUAGAAAACAGCCUUCCGGGCAUCAAAAUGAGAAUCUGACCAGCAUAAAUAAUCCUCAAUACGAAUUUUCCAAAUUGAAUAAUUCGUAGAGUCCAAACUAACCAUUCCUUGAACAAUUACUUUGUCAUCCAUCAUAAACAACACAAGAAGCCAACCAAAAAAUAAUCAAGCUCUGAUACCACUUUGUUGGGGAAGCACGGAACAAAACACAACGGAAGCGUAUAAAAUCUUUUCCCCAAAUUAAUGAGAUGAAAAACAAAGCACAAUAUACUCCAAAAAUCAGAACCAACACCACAAAUAGAUAGCAACGGAAAUAAAAUAAAGAACACACGAUUUACGUGGAAACCCCAAAUCGGGGAGAAAACCACGGCCGCUCAACAACGGCACCCAAACUUCCACUAAUCACCAAGAACCAAGUGGGUACAACAAGUUCUCCUCUCUAGUAAAUACUAGAGGCAUACACAAUCAUCAAGGAGCAACCUUGGAACAACAACAAUCAACAAUUCAACAUAAAAUGGAGUAAAAACUCCCAAAAACGCAGGUCUGAAAAUGCAGCUAGAAAACAGCCUUCCGGGCAUCAAAAUGAGAAUCUGACCGUUGGAUUUGAAGAGGAGUAUGUGAGGAACAACAUACUAAAAUUUGAGCACGAUCGGACUUCGUUUGGCCUUCGAUCCGAACAGAAAACGGGGCUGCUGCACAGUGUGGCGGAAAUCCUUCUUUUUCUCCCCUUUUCCUGCGUAUAGCUACUGCCUCCUUCACC